ACGUGACAGCUUUUAAUUUGAAAGGCUGUAAGCGGAAAUGGUGUUCAGAUGCGCGCUGCAGCUGUAAACCAUUAGCCUGUGAACAGGUGCGCUUGAAGGUUCCUGGGCGAAGUUGUGUUUGAAAUGCCGCGUGUUUCCGCUGGUGAGGAGCUGCGGACUCUGGCGGAGUGUCGCUACAUGUUUCCCGCUGAAACUCUGCGUGAUCUUCAGAGAGUUGGUGUCCUGUACUCUGACCUCCGUCUCUACGUGGAUUUUUAUUGUUUUCCAAACAAAGAAAAGAAGAAGCUGGUCUAUUUGGCUGGAACACUUCCUGUUCUUUAUGAAGGAAGUAAGUACAAUAUUCCAGUGUGCGUCUGGCUUCAUGAGACUCAUCCCAUGUCCCGCCCUCGUUGUUAUGUCUGUCCAUCUGUCUCCAUGGUGAUUAACCCGUCUUGUCCCUGUGUGGAUCGCUCUGGAAACAUCAGUCUGAAAGGACUGAAGAACUGGACUCAUGGUGUAUCCAACCUCUCACUGCUUGUGUCAGAGAUGAGGCGGGCCUUCCAGGUGGACACACCCCUUUAUUCCAGGUGUCUUGUACAAGCCCCACCCCCUGCAGGUGUAGAGGCGUCGCAUCCAUCAUCAAGAGUAAAGUCAGACAGACACCACUGUCCGUCCAUCUCCUCCUCUUCCUCCUCAUGUCCAUCUACACAGACAGCCAGCCAAUGGGAGCAGAGUGGGGAGGUGAGGGUGAGGAGUUCAUACACUGAGGAACUGCUGGGGAUCGACUUCAGUGCUCCUUCUCCGUCCUCCUCCAACCACAGCCACCCCUUCCUGAGCAGCUCCUCCUCCUCAGGUCUCCCUCCAGACCUCCUAAGCAACAAGAUGGGGGCUCUAACACUAAAGCCAGGUAACUCACCUGCACAGAUCAACCAAUCAGGAGUAGACAGACGUAGGUUAAGUUCUGGACCAGAACCUCAACUACAUCAGAACAAGGGUUUUAAGAGUUUAAAACCAGAACCAGCUGGACCAGGCUACAUGGAGAUAGCAGCUCAUCUCCCUCCAGACGAGGCGUCCAUCUUCCUGUCCUUGAUGGAGAUGGAUGGUCGGAACUUCAGCCCCAUUGAUGUCAUGGAGGCGGUCCAACUCAACAAAGAUCUGCAGUCCGCCCUCAGGUUCUUGACUCACUGUUGCCCUAUCUGUCAAGACCAGGUGACCUUCAGCAAGAUCAUCACCAUGACUCACUGCUCCUGUUUCCUGUGUCAGACGUGCUUUAAGUCAUUUUUCUCGGCGGCCAUUAAAGAGCGAAGUGUUGAUCAGCUGGUUUGUCCUCAGUGUGGCAGACCAGAGGUCAGAGGUCAUGGGAAGCUAGAGGAGGCCAUGGACUACUUCAACCUUCUGGAUACUCAGAUCCGUCACUUCCUGUCUCCUCAGGACCAUGAACUCUUCCAGAAGAAGCUGAGAGAUCGAGCUCUUCAGGAAAUGUCCAACUUCUGCUGGUGUGCUCAUUGUUCCUUCGGGAUGCUUCAUGAAGUAGGCCAGUUGAGGAUGGACUGUGUGAGCUGUAAGAAGAGCACCUGCAGUCAGUGUGGAUCAGCUUGGUCUCCUAAACACCAGGGUUUGUCCUGUGACCAAUUCAGACUGUUGCAGCAGCAAAACCAGCUUGACCCUGCCUCCUUCAGUGACACCAGGAUCGAGUGUCCACAGUGUAAAUGCGUCUUCAGUCUGUCCAGAGGAGGAUGUCUUCACUUCACUUGCAGUCAGUGUCAACAUCAGUUCUGUGGAGGCUGCACUGGGACCUUCUCUGUGGGAGCAGUCUGUGGUUUUUCCCUAGACUGUGCAACCAAAGGUCUUCACGCCCACCACCCUCGAGACUGUCUGUACCACCUGAGAGACUGGACCGUGACCCGACUGCACCUUUUGCUUCAGUAUUACAGAGUCUCUCCUUCCUGGUUGGAACCAGCCCACAGCGGCUCAGAUGUAUGUUUGGUUCUGGAGCUGAAAGACGACAGCAGCAACCAGGGGGAGGAGCCAUGUGGGAAACUUGCGCCACCUGAACACAGAGGAUACUGCCAGUCACAUUAUAAGGAGCAUCUGGUGGAGCUGAUAAACUGUUACCAUGCCGACCCGGCCGUCCUCUUUAGUGUGGACGAGAUGAUGUCAGAGCUGCAGCGUUGGUGCGUCGCCGUGCCAACCAGGAAACAAGAUGAACCGGAGCAGCUGUACGUCCACCGCCUGCGUCGAAUGAACGACAACAACUCCCAGAAUGUACUGCGCUUGCUGCACCGCGAGAGUCUCGCUGUCUCAAGCUUCGAAGCAGAAAGCACUAGUUGCAAGCAGUAACUUCCCAUCAUUUGCCGGUCAGAGUUUCAGAGCUGUGCAAGAGGUAAGACUGACGCUAAUCAACUCUAUUUCUGCUCACAUUGUUUACGAUGUCAUAUAGUUGUCGGCAGUAAAGCGACAACGUUGUCAAAGUAACGUUUGAUAGACAAUCAUACAUACGAAGUAAAUGUUAAAUGUUUUAAUGUUGUUCAUAUUUGAAGAAGUCACAAUGUUUUCACACCAUGGUCAUUUUCAGUGUGUACUAACAUCUAAUGUUAUUCAUAGCCUAUAUAGACACAAUUAUAAUGUUCACAGCUAAUUCAGUUGGCAUAUUUUGCUGAAAGGUUUAUGUUUCCUGGAAAAAAGUCAAAUCUUCAUUCAUAUUUCAUGUGUAAUUGUCUUCUUUGUCCUUUAGGAGCAUGAUUGAAACAAGUCUUGGAGAAAAUCUUCACACCACACACCAUCCAGUGUCUGCUCCUCUUCC